AUGUGUCCCGAAAACGAGGCAACGCAGAGGCCGAGCCGUAUCGCCUUUGCCUCCCCCCACUCGGAUGGUCAGCCCCGGACAGGAUUUGGGUGCGAGAAGAGAGCCAAAUUUACGAAAUGUCGAUCCUCUCUCGUUCAAGCAGCAGCCGUGUGGCAACCGCCGCCUUCUUUCUUCCCAGCUGCCCAACCAUCCGUCAACGACAGGACCAGGCCAAGGUGGGAAAAGACAAGGUGGGAAAAAGCCAAGAAUUUAACUAUUUUUACAAAAACAGCAUCAUUAAAUGCGCGAAAAUUUAAGUAUUUUAGUAUAUUAAGGACGAACAAAUUUGCACAUUUAAUUAUAAUUUAA